AUGAGAGACCAGUGGAACGCCGACCAUGAGCGUGAUCCCCGCGAUGGCGAGAGACGCAGGGGUCGAGGGUCAGGCCGCGAUCGAGGCAGAGGCAGAGGACGUGAUCGAGGCCGUCCGCAUCGGCCUAACAACCGCAAUUUCGAUAGGCCUGGGCGGUCGCCACCGCGCGCGUCCCGCUUUGGCCCUGACUCUUCUCAUGACCUAGGCGAUUUUGCUCCCGAGGGAUCCCAUCACCAAGGCUCCCCUGUACCUCCAAAUUUCCAACAAAAUCGUCGCACAGAUUCGACCCGACCUGUAUCAUCCGCCGGUGAUUGGAACGCCCAUCCUUCUGGGCCUUUCGAUAGAGAGCCUCCCGCGUUUCGAAGAGCCGAAUCACCAAACGGCCCUCCAUUCAAACGACAAAGGACUCGAAGUCCCUCGCCAGGUGGGCGACGUGGCCCCAUGCCACCGCAGCGACCAUACCCCCAGCACGGGGAAGCGAGAGACCGAAGCCCAUCGUACAGAAAGCGAGGUGGCCGGAAUCAGGGUCGCGGUGCUCCUAGACGGAGGUCGCCUCGGCGAGGUCGCGAUCGCCGCGGAAAGGAUCGCCGUCGACCAGAAUUUCCACGACCGGGAAGAUCUAGAUCGCCUAUCCAUGACCGGGGAUUCCAUCAUUCGCCUGAAGGAAGAUCUCGAACCCCUGGUGGUGACAACUAUAAUGACAACUACAGCGACCGUGGAUCUCACUAUCGAUCAAGCUCGCGACAUUCCGUUCAGUCGAAUUCAAGAUUUUCUGCAACAUCCCACAAUUCAAGGCGCAAUUCCACAAUGAACUCGUUCCGGCCAAAUCAGUCUGUUGUGGAUGAUAAUGACCGCUCUCCCUCUCCUCCCCGGCCCAUUCCGAGUCAUGAUCCUGAAAUUUUUGGGCCCUCAGGGGACCAAUAUACUAAUCCGCGCGAUACAAUCCCCAUGCAUGGAUCCCGCCAGGAUGUGAAAAGCCAGUCACGCCGACAUUCCUCCCGACCCCCUCUUGAUACCCGACCCUAUGCGGCAUCCACUCAACACGGUACAGGGUCAUUCCAUGGCUCUCCGCAGCCGCCCUCGCCUUAUUCUGCUGGGAGAGGCGACUGGAAUGGCUCUUCGUAUCCCGGACCUGGUUCUAACUUUAUGGUCAGCCCUGUCUCACCAUACCAACAAGAUGAUUACCCGUCGCAGAAUGGUCACUCGGGCAAUUAUUAUCACAAUCCAGGCCAAUACAACGGCCCUGGAAGUCAUCCUCAAUCCCCUUACGGUGGGCCACCUCACCGUGGCGGUCACCCUGGUAGCGGUCACCGCGGGAAUUUCUCCAACCAAGGUGCUGGUCGUCGAUUCUCGGGCUCUGGUUCCCACCCAUAUCACAAUGGGCCACCACAACGCGGAGGGAGAGGCCAUUUCAACAAUUUGCAAUGGACAGCACCAGGGUCUCGAGGCCGCGGCGGUCAUAGUCCCCGCCCUGAUCCUAGAAAUGGAUCACAGACUCCCAAUAGACCUCACUCUCACAACGAUCCAGAGUCUCCUCGGGCAGGCGACAAUGAUGCCCAUUCUCGACAUAUGAACAGAGACCCCCGCGAAGGCAGAGGGUUCCAUGGGAAUGAAGACAGCACUCAGCCCCCUCCUGAUAGCGGAAGCGCCCCCACCAUGCCACCGCAUACUGGAGAUGCCAAUGAAUCAACCCCUGGGCCCAAAGGUGGAAAGUUUAGCUUUGCUUUCAAGCCAAAAGCCGUGCCCUCUCCUGCUCCAAAGCCAGUACCCGAUCUUGCCCAACGCAUGCAGGUUCGCGAGCCGCCUCCACGUGCACCACCUCCACAGGAGCAGACAUCACCUCGCAACCGGCUUACCAAUGGACCGUUGCCCAAAUUUAAACCAGAUACAAGAAAUGACCGUCGGGAUCGUGCACGGGAUCGGGGAGAUCGAGACCGCAGGGAUUUCCGAGAGUCCCGAGAUUUCCGAGACCCAAGAGACCGCAGAGAUGAUCGUCGGUUCGAACAAAACCAGCGACGUGAUCGACGCAAAGGUGACCGCCCUCCAACUCGACCAAUGGACCGACAAGAUCGUUGGCGCGAGCCUUUCCCGGAGCCAAAUCACCAGGCGCCCCCCAAGGAGAAGGUUAUUCUCACUCGCCCAAAACCCCGGCCCACGCUCCCAGAAGAGUUCGCAAACGCAGAAUCGGUUUACUAUCGCAAGCCUGGCAACGAAUCUGUGAUUGGUGCAGGAACCUAUGGCAAAGUCUUCAAGGGAAUCCAUGUUUACACGCAACGAAAGGUCGCACUCAAGAAAAUUCGAAUGGAGGGCGAAAAGGACGGCUUCCCUAUAACGGCCGUUCGCGAGAUCAAGUUGCUCCAGCAUCUCCGAAAUCAUAAUGUUGUGAGCCUCUUGGAGGUCAUGGUUGAGAAGAACGAGUGCUUCAUGGUCUUCGAAUAUCUUUCUCACGAUUUGACUGGACUGAUCAACCACCCUACUUUUUCACUUUCCCUUGCACACAAGAAAGACUUGUCCAAGCAGAUGUUUGAAGGUCUGAACUACCUUCAUCAUCGCGGUGUGCUCCACAGAGAUAUCAAGGCCGCGAACAUUUUGAUCAGCAACCGAGGAUUACUGAAAUAUGCCGACUUCGGCCUGGCCCGCUUCUUCUCAAAAAGCCGCCAGCUCGACUAUACCAACCGCGUCAUUACCAUCUGGUACCGGCCCCCGGAGCUUCUCUUAGGUGAAACCCGGUACGGUCCCGCCGUCGACGUUUGGAGUGCUGCAUGCGUUUGCAUGGAAAUGUUCACCAAAAAGGCGGUCUUCCCGGGAGAAGGUGGUGAACUCAGCCAGAUGGAAAAGCUCUAUAACGCCCUGGGUACCCCUACCAAGACCGAAUGGCCGGAUCUUGUAGAAAUGCCCUGGUUCCAUUUAAUGCGUCCCAAGGAACGCAGGCCGCGUGUGUUUGAAGAUCAAUACCGUGAUGUCCUGUCAUCUGGUGCAAUGGAUCUUAUCUCGUCAAUAUUCCGCUACGAUCCUUCACAGCGACCAAGCGCCGAAGACGUCCUCAAACACCCCUAUUUCACAUCGGAAGAACCGUCCCCUCACCCACCGAUUGAAUUGGAGCACGUUGAAGGUGACUGGCAUGAGUUUGAAUCCAAGGCUCUUCGCAAAGAAGCUCGGCGCGUCGAGUACCAAAACCAGAAAGAUCGUGAUAAGCGCAAAGCAGACAAUCCAGUCCCGACGACAAGUCGGGACACAAAGCGCCCCAAGCAAGAAGCAAGUGACCAGGAUUUGCAUUGA